AUGAAGUUAUGCGUUGCAGGAUUAGGUGGACUUGGCUCUGCAAUUAUAACCAGCUUAAUUGAGAACAAGGAAAUAUUCAUUAAUACAAUAUAUUUACUAGACAUGGAUAGAGUAGAAAGGUGCAACACAGGAAACCAAAUAUACGAAGAAAAGGACAUUGGAGAGUACAAAGUAACAGCAACAAGAAAUAGAAUAGAAAGGGAAGGAUUUAAUGGAGAUAUAUUUCCCGUUGUAAUUGACAUAAAUAUACCACAAAAUAUACCAGAAGAUAUACUAGAGUGUAAUAUAUACAUAGCAGCACUUGAUACGUAUGAGAGUAGAGUUAACUUUUAUUAUCAUAUAGUCCAGGAGGCAAAGGUAUCAGAUAGGUUAUACAUUGACACAGGAACAGAAAGAUUUAAGGGUCACUGCUUCUUUACUAAAGGGAACCUCUUAAACCCAUGCAUAUACUGCAUUAAAUGGCUAUUUCCUAGCCCAAAAAAGAUACUUCCUGUGUGCACUGUGAGAAGUUCUCUUCCUGAGAAAAGUACGCCUGAGUCAAAGACAAGUAUCCUGCUGAGUAUCCUCUCUAGGGUAAGUGACAGCAGAAUAUCACAGCAGGAUGAUUUAACCAUGAAAAACCACAAAGUAACCACAGAUCUGCAUGAAAUUCCUUCUAUUCUUAAUUCUAGUGAGUGCAAGUAUGCGAGUACUGCACGGAUAUACAACAAGGCAUAUGCUGCUUCAAAAGAAGAAGAAAUAAGCCCAGAAUAUGUCAGAAAAAUAGAGGGUGACCUGGGGAUAGAACCAAAUACACCAAUUACCUCGUUCAUUCUGGCGAAUAUUGUCUGCCAAAUUAUCUAUAAGAUGCCUCAGGGUAAUUUCAUACUGUACUCAGGCGAUUGCACACCCGUGCUUCAUUUGCAUCAACUUUCUCCAGAUCCGGAGUGUUUUCUGUGCUUUUAA